AUGGACAGAAACAAUAUUGCAUGCAUCCUGAUGCUCCUUGUCUUGGGUGUGGCAGUGAGCACAGACCCUUUGACAGAUCUGGAAAACAUCGCUGGGAAGCUGGUUUUCUAUCAAAUGGAUGGAAAUGCCACCUAUGUGAGGGACACAGGAGAGCUGGCUUCAGAUGUCCCCACUGAGACCAUGUUUGAACUCUUUGAUCCCCAAAAGAAUUUCAGCGAGGCAAAGUUCACCUAUACGUGGGACUUAGGCAAUGGAGAGGUGAUCCAAGGGACUGAGCCGGUUGUCCGCUAUAAUUAUCCUAAUUCUGGGAACUACACACUGCGGCUGAAAGUAGGAGUGAGUGUGACCAAAUUUGACCCUCCAGUCACAGACAUCUACUCCACGGAUGUCCAAGUGCUCGAUGCCAUUAAAAACAUCGUGAUGAAGGGCCCGUCAGAUUAUGAGGUGUCUCAGAAUACCAGUUUGGCUUUUCAUAUUGAUGGAAGUCCUCCCAUGUGGGUGUGCUGGCGUUUCCUGCCCAACUGUGUGCCCGACACGGCCGGAGGCUGCACGCCGACCAUACUGUAUGAAAACACCCUGCGCCUGAACCACACCUUCACCUCCACCGGCGUCCACUGCCUGGACAUCAGCAUCCGCAAUGAUGUCAGCAAGCUGCAGACCUCCUUCAGCAUCAAUGUCAAGAAAAACACUAACCCCCACAUUUUCUUCAUCCUGUCAUGUGCCGCCAUACUUGUGGCAACCUUCUCCUUCAUCACAGUCAUCGCCUGCCGCCCGCGUCAUUACAACAGAUCACAGAUUGGUACUUCCAGUCACGCUUUAUUCCUGAAGAACCAAGAUUCUGAAGGUCAGGGCGCAAUUCUUUUCAACUUCUCCAACGUGCAGAAGGAAGAGAAGGAGCCACUCCUCCUGCAGUUUGGGACUCAAUAUUCCUCUUAA